UAGGUGAUUGUAGGCCAGGUGGUGCGUGGCUACUUCAAGCCGUCCUGUAGCCCACAUCGACGAGGGAAGAAAUAUAUACAUUUAUCAACAAGUGUGUCGUCACACCGGGGCAGAUUACUAGUUCAGCUGUAAGAGCAGGUCGGAAGAGAUAGUUUAACAAAGGUGCCAUGAUGAGACUUUAUAUUUUUCUUUUUCUCCUGGAUCUCCUGGAAGUAAACCGGACAGUGGGAGUGACUCACUCGCUGAAGUAUUUCUACACUGCAUCUUCUGGAAUCCAGACCUUCCCAGAGUUUGUUGCUGUUGGGCUUGUUGAUGAGAUUGAGAUGAUUCACUUUGACAGCCUGACAGCAAAAGCUGAACUCAAACAUGACUGGGUGCAUACCGUCACAAAAGCUCACCCAGAGUAUUUGGAAUAUAACACAGAAAACUUUGUAGUUACUCAAGAAGUCUACAAAACCAACAUGGAAGUUGCAAAAGAACGCUUCAACCAAAGUGGAGGUACCCACAUUUUACAAAUGAUGACUGGCUGUGAAUGGGAUGAUGAGACUGAAGAAAGAGAUGGUUUUAAACAGUUUGGAUAUGAUGGUGAAGACUUCAUAACAUUUGACUUGAACACAGCGACAUGGGUUUCUCCAAAACCACAGGCUGUCAGGACAAAGAUGAAGUGGAACAGUGACUGGCUUGACAAUGAAUACAGAAAAAGUUAUCUUGCUCAGGAAUGUGUUAAAUGGCUGAACAAUUAUUUGCGUCAUGGGAGGAAUCUUCUGCCGAGAACAGUUCGUCCCUCAGUGUCUCUCCUCCAGAAGUCUUCCUCCUCUUCAGUCACCUGCCACGCUACAGGUUUCUAUCCUAACAGAGCCGAGAUGUUCUGGAGGAAAAAUGGGAAGGAGAUUCAUGACGAUGUGGACAAAGGAGAAAUUCUCACUAACCAUGAUGGGACCUUUCAGAUGAGUGUUUAUCUGGAUCUUUCAUCAAUCAAACCUGACCACUGGCAGAGGUACGACUGUGUGUUUCAGCUCUCUGGUGUGAACGAGGACAUCGUCACCAAAGUGGACAAAGCAGUGAUCAAGACCAAUAAAAGUAAUCCCUUCUCCAUGACCAUCCCUGUCAUUGUUGCAGUGGUUGUUCUUGUUGCCAUUGCUGUUAUUGGAUUUAUUAUCUACAAAAAGAAGACAGACAAACGGCCUCCAUGUUCUGUAGAGAACCGUGAGGUCCAGGAGCAAAUGAUUCCUCAAGCUUAAAUGACAGACAUCCCUGCACACAGUGAGCUACUUCAUAUUAAAUAGAGCUGUCUUAAAAUAUGUUCUAUAGGUGAGAAUUUAUUUAAUUUGAUAAAACUUCUUUGAGUCUGUGCAGUUGUAAAAACACAGAUUUCUUAGUGGUGAAAUUGUUUUAAUCUAAGUUAUUAAGAGUCAUUUUCAAGAGAGGCACAGAUGAAUGAUCUGAAUGAAAAUCAACGAAAACAAAAGUUUGUUCGCCAAAAUCAAAGUAUAUAUAUACUUUUAGUGAACUGUAAGCAUUUAAAAAUUCAACAAUACUGUAAAUAUAUUACUUUUCAGAA